ACCACCUACAAAAAUCUGUGACCAGUGUGACCGCAAUCGUAUCCUCGUCAUCAUGUUACACAAAAUGGGGUACAUUUUAUUCUUUGUGGAAGUGUUACUAAUAAGAUUAGGGUAUUCUUCUGUCCAUGUUAAUAACUCGUUUUAUAUGGACAACGAAACUUUGCCAGUUCUAGAAAACCCAGUUUUUCCCUGGGCACAAAAUGGGGAAAGUUUAUUGCAUUCUGCAGUAAAAGUUAAACGAUCUUAUCAAAGUGGUGAUAACUUUGAUUUGAUGAAUCUACCAAUUUGUGGGUCUCCUCAAUCGUAUGGGAAUGGAUUACCUUGUCUCGCUGUGAAACGCGUGGAGCAUGAGAUGGAGGGAGGAGGGGGAAAUCACCAUCAUCAUCAAAAUCAUGGCUGGGGGUGGGGCUGGCAGAUGAAGGAGAAGGAAAAAGAGAAACUAGAACCGGAAGAUAUUGGACAACUAAUAUUUCUGGGAUUAUUAAAACUCAAGAAGCUUUUAGGACUGGGGGCCGCGUUGAAAGGACUCUCUCUCCUCCCACUCCUGGUUCUCCCAUUCAUCUUGUGCACCCUAUUGUUCUGGGGAAUAUUGGUCUUACUAUUUGUCUUCCUUCCCGCACCUGCUGCCGGACGAGAUAAUCACCCAACCAGUUCCCAGCAGGUCGGCUUAUCAGUCAUCGAAGCCGUGGAGUCGGGAGGACUAAAAUAUGAGAUCAAUGAAAGAUGAUAAAUCAAUUUUUUAAAUAAAGAUAGAUUAAUU